AUGUGCCGGUUCAAACUACACGUCUGCCCCUACCCUGACCAAGACCCAGUGUCCUCCCUCAUCUUCAACCCGAAAAACAGUUCACAGUGGGAACACUGCGACGAACCACGGCCAUGGGGUCGCCUUUCCUGCGGCAAGCUAGUGAUCGAACAUCCCAGACACCUCAUCAAGGCUGAACCAUCUUUGUCCUCCCCGAACACCCCAACCCCUCUCUCCUGCAACUCCGACCAAUGCGAACAGCACAUACACACAGGCCUCCCUGACCCUCAAGAGCCCGUACCCAAUAACUUGAUCGUCCCCCCAGCUGCAGGCGAAGCGCGACUUCAAGGAGAGCCUUGCAAAUGGUGCACUGCAGUGCUAAAACUGGUGGCGACAAAGUCGAAGGAGACGCAGCAAGUGGCGCGCAAGGAAAUUGCCGAGGUGGAGCGGACGAUGGGUGGAGACAUCGAGUUAAGAAAGAUGCACGAGAAAAUUGCGGACAAGGCACGCGAAUUGAACGCUAUGAGACACAAUGCUUGGAGAAGGGCCACGAUGCUGAUGGAUGAUUUGGCUGCUGCCAGUGGAAAGGAGACGCAAGGCUGA